AUGGCUGCGAUUAUAACGGAGCACACGGUAGCGGAUCUCGUGCGGAGCAAGCUUGGCCUCGUCGAAUUCCUUGAGUCCGCGACUGUCGCCGAGGCGAUCGAGGCUCUGGUGCGAGAGGACCUGGUAGCAGCUCCCGUGUACUCCACCGCACCCCAUGCUGCUGCGGCGCUCGGCUCCCUUGCUCGCACCAUUCUGUCCCUGCCAGAUGACUCUGACGCGCUGUCGCUUACUGCAGCAGCUAAUAAGGCGUACACUGGGACUGUCACCAUGGUAGACCUGCUGCUGCACGUGGCGGGGGGGGAGGAGGAGGAGGGGGAGGGGGAGUGGGAGUGGGAGGGGGAGGAGGAGCAGGAGGGGGACAAGGAGACGGGGAGGGAGAGGGGGAGGCGGGGGGGUGGCAUGUGUGAGUUGGAGACGCCAGUGGGGCAGCUGGUGAGGGCGAGUGAGGAAGGGCUGUCUCUGCUGCUCACUGACUUGAACGCACCUAUCAACACCAUCAUGCGUCCCAUGGCGCAGGGAGUGCAGCGCCUGAUCGUCCCCAUCCACACCCGCCCCUCCUCUUCCAUCCCCUCUGCCUCCUCUCCGCAAGGCGAUGAACCACCACUGGCAGCAUCACUCCCGUCUCACUCGCUUUCCUCUCACUCUCCAUCAGCAAACAUCCCGUUUGCCUCUCCACACUCUCCAUCCUUCCGACCGCCACACUCCUCCCAUGUCUCUCCCUCCCCCUCCUCUCCCCCCUCCUCCUCCCUGUCCCACACCUCUGCCCCUCCCUCUCAGUCAUCUCUCUCCUCUCUCCAUUCUCUCACUUCAAACUCUUCCUCCCUCUUCUCUCACCCCUCCUUCACCUCCCACUCCCUCACUCCCUCCACCACCACCACCACACUCGCCACCUCCCCUCACUCUCUCUCCUCCACCCCCUCUCAGCACUCUCACAAACCCCUCGCUUCUACCAUCGCCUCUCUCUCGUUAGAGCACCUGCAAGGGGUUCCGGAUGCGAUUCCUUACAAGCAGCCUCAAUAUACGCAACAAGCAGGGAGCACUGUACAGCGUUCGGAGUGCAACACACACUACUCGUGCGCGUUUCCAAGUGAUGAUGAAGAGGAGACAGAGGAAGGGGAGAAGGGAGGCGAGGAGGAGGGGGAGACGGACGGUGGAAGAGAGGGGGAAAGGGAGGGGCAAGGAAGAACAACCAGUAACACACACUCUGCCCUCACCCCUGCCACUUUUACUACCACCCCAGCAGAUUCCAACAUCCCUACUGCCACUCCUUCUACCAUUCCUCCUACCACUCCUACCAUCCUUCCCCCCACUCCCACUAGCACCACCUCCCCCUGCUUCCGCUGCCCAGGGGGCAGCUGCACGCCCUCCCGAAAGUUUUUCUGCCCGCAUUUCUGCGUGCUGACUCAGACUGACGUGGCCAGGUGGCUGCUCGACAGGGCGCCUCAGCUGGAGCCUGUACCCUCUGAAAGCCUCCUCGAUUUAGGGCUCAUUCACCCCCGGAUUGUGACUGUCAAGUGCUCUGACAAUGCGUAUGAGGCUCUGCAGCUGCUCCAGUCGUCCGCUGGUGAGUUUAUGUGGGUGGUGGGAAGGAACGGGGAUGUCAAUGCAUUGGCAGUGGUCGACCCUUUCCCUGAACCCAGCCCUUCUCUCCCCUCCUCUCCCCAUCACACUGCCCUCACGUCCCCAGGGGAUGUCAAUGCAUUGGCAGUGGUCGACCCUUUCCCUGAACCCACCAGCCCUUCUUCCUCAAAGUCAACCAAGUCAACUCAAGUCUCAUCUGCUGCCGACCCUAAUCCCCGUGAAAAGCUGGUGGGGCAGCUGUCGAGUGUGGAUCUCCGCGGCUGCACUGCGCAGUUCGCCGCCCGAAAUUUGCGUGGCAUGACGGUGCAAGAUCUGCUGCUGGCAGUGCCGGCCACUGAGAGGUACUGGCGGAGCCGCGAGCGGGGCGAACAGCUGCGACUGGUGCAGCAGAAGCAGGAGCAACAGGAGCAGCAACAGCAACAGCAGGUGAAGGUUGAAACAGCAUCCGAAAAUGCUGCUGUUGCUCCUCCAUCCACUAAGAGAGGCCAGCUGAGGCCGGUGAGCAAGUGCAAGCCGAGUAGCAAUCUAUGUGCGGCCAUGGCGCAGGCCCUGGCUCACAGGAAUCACCGCGUGUGGGUGGUGGAUGACCAUGGGUGCCCGACUGCGGACGAGCCCCUGCUGGUGCGCGCAGCGCGCGGGGAGGCCAUUCCGCGCCCGCCCGCCUGGAUGAUGCGCCAAGCGGGGCGCUACAUGGCCGCCUACCAGAAGCUCUCCAAGAACCACCCCUCUUUCCGGGAACGUUCCGAGACGACGGAUUUGAUCGUCGAAAUCACCCUGCAGCCAUGGCGCGCGUUCAAGCCCGACGGCGUGAUUCUGUUCUCGGACAUUCUGACGCCGUUGGAUGCGAUGGGAAUUCCGUUCGAGAUCGACGAGAACAAGGGCCCAAUCAUAGACAGCCCCAUUAGGACGACGGAGGCGCUCAAGGCGUUGACGCCGGUUCAGCUGGACAAGCUGCACUUUGUUGACGAGUCGCUGAGGCAAAUCCGGAAGGAGAUUGAGGGCACGGCUGCCCUGCUGGGCUUUGUGGGGGCGCCGUGGACGCUGGCGACGUACUGUGUGGAGGGCGGCACCACGCGCACCUACACCAAGAUCAAGGGCAUGAUCCACAGCGCGCCGGACGUGCUCCGGGCGCUGCUGCAGCACCUGGCCAAUGAGAUCGCGACAUAUGCCGCGUUCCAAGUGGACGCCGGCGCGCAGUGCAUCCAGGUCUUUGACUCGUGGGGCGGGCAGCUGCCGCCCGACCAGUGGGACGAGUGGGCCAAGCCGUACAUCAUCCAGGUUAUCUCCCAGCUGAAGGCAAAGCACCCCACGGUGCCAGUCGUGCUCUAUGCCAACGGCAGUGGCGGUCUCAUGGAGCGCAUGGCCACCACUGGUGCUGACGUCAUUGGCGUUGACUGGACCAUCGACAUGGCCGAUGCACGGGCGAGGAUUGACGGUGCUCUGAAGGCGAGCCCUGGGGGGAGUGCGAAGCCGAGGCUGUCGGUGCAGGGCAACGUGGACCCUGCUGUGCUGUUCGCUUCCAAGGAUGCCGUCACUGACGCCAUCAAUCGGAUUGACGGCGCUCUGAGGGCGAGCCCCGGGAGGAGUGAGAAGCCGAGGCUGUCGGUGCAGGGCAACGUGGACCCUGCCGUGCUGUUCGCCUCCAAGGAUGCUGUCACUGACGCCAUUCACCGGGCAUCACGAGCUGCAUAUUGUGAGUGCUGUCAGUGCAAGGGAAUGUGGAUUAUGCUGUGCUCCGCCUCCAAGGAUGCCAUCACAGGUCCAGGGGGACACAUUCUCAACCUGGGCCAUGACGUGGUGGUGGGGACAUGCUCUGUUCUUUUUUCUACCGGUAACGAUCUGCCGUACUUCUUUCCACCCUUCAUACCCCCCGUGCCCUCGUUCUCAUUCACUCUCUCCCACAGCUGUGUUGCCAAGGCGGGUCCGCGCGGCCACAUUCUCAACCUGGGCCACGGUGUGUUGGUGGGGACACCAGAGGAGAGUGUAUUGCACUUCUUUGAAACGACUCGCGCUCUCAAAUACGCUGAGGAGCCUGUUGUAGCAAAAGCUUAA